CUUGUGAAGAAGAAGACAAGUCUAUUUGUUUCGACGGGAAAAAAACCCUACGAUAUUCCUCGACUCGUUCGCACUACUCCGACCACCGUCUCUUUUCUUCUUCUCCCGGCGGAGGAAAAUUCUUUACUGGAAUAUGAAAUAGUGAUUGAUUGAAGAUGUUUGAAGGAAUUGUGCAAGGAGUUGUUCAACUGUUGUUAGGGUACUUAGGUCGCUACAUCAAAGACAUUAAAAAAGACCAGCUCAAGAUCACACUCUGGAAUGGGGAAGUCUUAUUGGAGAACGUGGAACUGAUUCUUGAGGCGUUUGAGUAUUUGCAGCUUCCAAUUGCUCUCAAGCAAGGCCGUGUUGGGAAAUUGAGCAUUAAAAUUCCAUGGAAGAAACUUGGUAGGGAUCCUAUAAUCAUUAUGCUUGAAGAUGUCUUUAUAUGUGCAUCACAACGGAAUGAUCAAGAGUGGAGUUCAGAUGUCGUUGAGAAAAGAGAGUUUGCUGGUAAGCAAGCUAAGCUUGCUGCUGCAGAACUAGCAAAAUUGUCCAGGCGCGUCGACAGUCCAGCGGGGAAGUCUUUUUUCUCAUUUAUUGCUGCCAAGGUUCUUGAUAACAUUCAAGUGUCCAUCAGAAACUUUCACAUCUUAUACUCCGAUGCACAACCUGAAUCAGUGCAAGUUGUAUUAGGAUUGCGGUUUUCAAGCUUGACAGUUACUAAACAAAACUCAGUUGGGCCAUCAGUUGGUAGGGUGAGAGGGGGGCAAGUGAAUAUACUUGUGGAGAUUGAAGGUUUGGAAAUAUAUUGUGACAUGUAUGAGGGAAACAUGGACUUUCCAAGUGUUAAUGAAAAAAGAGGUUUUGACAACUGGUGCCAGUCAAGAUUGCAAAGCAAUAGAUUUGGUUAUUUACUGAAGCCAGUCCAUGUUUCUGUAACGCUAUUGGUCAAUCGAUCUGGAGAGAUUUUUGACGAUCUUCCUCAGUAUUCUAUCAGCGCUGAGUUGACUGAUGUGGUCAUGACUCUGAAUGAAUUUCAAUUGCAGCAGAUUCUUAUUCUGUUAGAUUACUUGCAAACCAGCCAAUUGCGUGAGAGGUAUGGGCGGUAUCGUCCCUGCUCCACUUCCUUAUUGAGGAAACCACCAGGAUGGCAGAAACUUUGGUGGCACUAUGCCCAAAAAUCAAUUUUAUCUGAUGUACAUAAGAAACUGUGGAAAACUUCAUGGAGAUUUCUUGAACAGCGAAUGAGAAUGCGCAGGAGGUAUAUCAACUUCUACAAGAUAAAGCUAGAUUUCCUUCUCAGAGAACAGUCAAUCGAUGAGUCUAUCCGUUUGGGUUUGGAAGAAGUGGAGAAGAAGUCUGAUAUUGAUGAUAUCUUAAGUUAUAGGUCUGCAGCGGAAGGUGAGAUGCAGGAAGCUUGUUCAGAAUUGACAGUGAACAUGGGAGCGACUGGUGCCACUGGCUCUGAAAAGGAACCGAGUGAUGAUCCUACAUUAAAUAAGUCGCGUGGGUGGUUGAACUGGUUGUCACGGGGAAUGCUUGGUGCCGGAGGCACAGAGGACUCAAGUCAGUUUUCUGGUGUUGUUUCUGAUGAAGUUGUCAAGGAUAUACACAAGGCAACAAAGUUUCACCCUCUUUCGUCAUCUCCUAGAAAUACAAGUGCAACUGGUAAGAUCUGUACGUGCUCCAUUCGACUCAACGUACCCAAAAUUUCUGGUACUUUGCAACAUAUAACUGGGAGUUCUUCUCAAGUUAUUACAGAGUUGGACAUUUUGGGGGUGAUUGUUGAAUGCAAGUCUUGGAAAGAUUCUACAGCCAUGAUUGUAUCUGUUAUUUCUGGAAGGCUGCUCUAUCCUCACAAUGGGAAAGAAAUUUUAACCAUGAAAGGGGUCUGUUCUCAGAGUGAUACACUAGAAACGAAACCCUCAUAUGGAGCACGAUUGAAGUUGUCUAAAGAUCAUGAUGUUGCAUUGUCAUUAAAGGUCACCCUUCAACCACUUGAAGCUGCUUAUGAUGUAGACUUCUUUCUAGCUGUCAGUAAAUUUUUCAUGGGUUCAAGAUACUUCAAACUACAACAUGAAAGGAUUUUAUCAUCACUCAAUGGCCUUGAAAGUGAAACGCGAUUGGUAGCGAAAGCUGAAUACCUCUUAUCAAGCCGAAAUAAAGUUAAGUGGGACCUGGACAUAAUAGAUCUUACCUUAAGUUUCCCUGGACGAUUGGUUGAAUCAGAAAGCUAUAAUCUGGUUCUGGUAUUGGAAUCUCUUUCUAUCACAUCUAGUAGCACAGAUGCUCUUAGCCCAAGUCCAAGAUUGGAGUCUGAUGCGGACCAUGUGGUCAAUAGCUUACAAAGUUCCGUUUCCGUUGCAGCCUUGGAUGCUUUUCAAGUCAAAGAUCUCUAUGACCAUUUUGAUAUCAAAAUCUGUAACCUUGAGAUGAAGCUCAUGAAGAUUUAUCCUUUCCAAGAACUUCCCCUUGUGGAGAAAUCAUCUUUACUUAUCAAGUUUGCGUCUUGUAUAAUUCCGGAGGAGUCGAUUUUGAAGCAGUUGGAGGUUGAAGCUACUCUGCCUAUGUUCAAUGUCCAUUUCUCUCCGUCAAUAUUUAAAGGAGUCAUGUCUGUGAUUGAAUAUCUUGAUAUUCAGGAUCAUGCAGCUCGAAAUGCUCCACCUUCCCCUGCUCCCAUCUUUCACUUCACCAUAAAAACCAACUUGGCAUUUUUCAGGUUGCACGUCAAUCUCGAAAAUGAAGGAGAAAAUAGCACAGUGCUUGUUCUUUCUAUACAGCAACUGGAUCUCUGGUAUUCGCUUACCAAAUUUGAAGAGUGGUCAGUCCGUGCGAAAACACUGGAAAUGACAGCUUGCUCCUCUAAAGAUGCAGCUGACAGUCAUAUUUUAUGUUCAUCUGGAAAUCUACUCAAAUCUUCUUCCCAUGGACAUGGGAUGGAUGCUCAUACUAGCGAUCAAACCAACAUUAUUGAUUACGGAACAACUCCUGAAGCUGCUAUCAGCUUAAAUUGCAAGGUUUCCCAAAGUAAAAGUUUUGUUUUUCACAAGUAUACAGUAUAUUGGAGGGGCGCUGAACUCCAUUGCUACCCAUACAUAUUUGGUUUGCUGACAAAUUUUUUGGAUAAGAUAGCCUCCUAUAAGAUCUCGUCUAGCGAUACAAAUCCAUCUAGCCUUACUACAGAUACCAGUGCUCCAGCAGAAAUUACUCAGUUUGAUUUUGAAAGGUUUGGAUUCUCAAACUUCAUUGAAAGUAGAUCUUGUGGCUGCAUUCCUCUUGACAAAUAUCCAUUUGUAACCAUUUACAAUUCGGGUUCUCUUGAUAGCCUAGAAAGUUCUCUGUGUUAUUCGACUUCUGACUGGAGGAAGUUAUUUAUAUUAAGGAAUAAAAAGGAUGGGGCACAAAUAGGUUUGAACUGCGAAUGUAACAGCUGUACUUUUCAACCAAAACGUGAUUGCCCUCUGAAUGGGCUUGCGUCCUCCAGUGAUCUUGGUCAGACCAAUCACUUUACAGUUGAUAUGCAUGUCUUCAACACCAAUGUGCAUUUUCAUGAUUCUUCAAGUGUUUUUGGAACUAUUAUACUGCCAGUAUCCAGAUACUUUCUUACCAUUUCAGAUGAUCAUCUCGAUUUGGUUGCCUCUGCUGAAGACUUGAUGCUGGAGUCAUCUUUGUUCACCAACUAUUCUGGUGGGUUUCUUUGGAAACAUUCAUCAACAGAUGUCUCGCAGGUCUUGAACCUACGUGUAAGGAAGAAGGAUUUGGAGCCUUCUGGUUCUGAACUUGAAGUGAGCAUAGGUAUUCAACACACAUGCUGCAUUUUACCUCCGGAAUAUCUGGCCAUUAUAAUUGGCUACUUCUCUCUUUCUGACUGGACUUCGAAGUCUGGCCUGCAGUCAUUGCCACAAGCUACUGAGUUGACCAAGGCUCCUUCUGAGUUUGCCAUUGCUUAUAAAAUUGAGAUACUGGACUCCUCUAUAGUUCUUCCUGUGGAAGAUGAUGACCGCCGGCAACUGAAAGUUGACAUUCAGCAGUUAUAUAUUAGCUUUGUUCCAGAGUGUGCUUUGAGCAAUGUGGUGCAGCACAUACCACAGGAAUGUGUUAUUCCGCUUAAUCAAGUAGCAGAGCGAGCUGACUGUUUAAACAUAUUUGGGCGGGACUUAUCGGUAUCGUUGCUGCUUUCUGAGAGUGGCAUAUCAACAUUCGAGAAUGACGCCAUGUGCAGAAGUAUCACUCUAGCUGCUAGCAUUAUCGCUGAUGCUUGGAUUAGCUUCCCUUGUGAUCGCAAUCCGUUAACGGAUUUGGCAUGUGUUAUGUCAAGGGUUGACGUUUGUGAAAUUGUUGUGGAUGAUUCAGAUGCCUUGGAUGGGUUUAAGGCAUUUCUUGAUGUGUUUGAUCAGCUUUCUUUAGUCGAUGAGGAAUCAAAACUUUUCGUGUCUGAUGUUCCUCAGUUUCUUCGUACGAAGAUGCGUCUAAAGCAAGAGUUGUCAGUUGCCCCCCUGGGAUCUUCCACAAGCUUUAUAAAAUUCAGAAUUUUUGUCAAUCUUUUGACGGCAAAAUUGCAUCGGUUAAGGAAAGAUCCUGGAACACUGCUAUCCGAACCAGUGCUCCAAGCUGAUAUGAAAUUUGUUUGCUCUGGAGAAUUUAAAAAUAAUUUCCCUAUGAGCUUGGAUGUUCAAUUUUUCGAAAUCGGGAUUUAUUCAUUGCUGAGCUCAGUCAUGUUAGCUAGAUGCAUCAAUGCAUAUGGGGAUCCUUCUGCACUGAAAGUCAGAUUUACGGAACAGGCUGAAAAUGAAUACGAUCUCUGUUUUUCUCUUCCAUCUCUAGACAUCUGGUUACACUCUUUUGAUUGGAUUGAAGUUAUUGAACUUCUGAAAUCUUAUUCUCAGAUACUGGAAGACCCUUUUUUGUCAAAAGGUUCAAACUUGGAUAUGGAUGAAUCUAUUGGAGUGGUAAGGACUGUUUGUGACAAUACUGAUCGGGUUUUGAAUGUUCUGCAAACUGAGGUAUCAGAGAACUCUAGUGAGGUAAUGGCAUUUUCCGCAAGAUCAGAGACUAUUGGGGUCCAAAUCCAUUUUCCUCUUUGCACAAGCCAUACAGAAUUUCCAGGGUUCAUGGCAACUGAUGUUCAUGAGAUAUCUGAGGAAGAGCACAGAAAUUUUUUUAAAGGGAAUUACUGUAAAUAUGUUUCUGUUACAGCGCGUAGUAGGAGCGGCGAACUCUCUAUUCUUGGGAGAGAUGUCAAACUGAGCUAUAAGAUUGAAAAACUCAAUGGGAUUCUUGCAAUAUCUGGGGUUGACACUGUCAGGUCUUGCUCUCUAUUUGGGGCGGCACAACUACUUGUAGAAACUAGUAUUCAGAUGGAUCAGAACAAAAUCAUGAGCAUAGAUGUGGGGAUAUUGUCUGACAAUGUAGAGAUGCAUGCAUCUCAUCAAGUAUUAUCUUUCUGGCAUGGAAUUACGUUUGAUGCACCUGAGACACCAUCUUCACAAAAUUCGCAAGGAAACAUGAGUAUAAAAGUCCAGAUAAGAGAUGUGUCUCUUCUUAUAUCUGAUGGAAAGUGGGGAUGUAGCGGUAUGCUUCUUGAAGGUCUUAUGAGAAACUUUCUCCUGCAAGCUAAUCUGACCGAAAAGAAUAUGGAGAGUUUGGUUUCAUGUGAUCUUGAAGUGAAUUAUAAUAAUAUGCACAAGGUCUUGUGGGAGCCUUUUAUUGAGCCCUGGAAUUUUGAUAUCAAAUUAUCCAGAAAAUUUGAUGCAAAUUCUUUGCUGAACAAUGCUGGGCUCACUGAAGUAAUUGUUGCAUCAUCAAAUCAUCUCAAUUUGAACAUAACAGAAUCUCUUUUUGAGUGCAUUUUCAGGAUAAUUGAGAUGUCGAACACUUUGGAAUUGAUGGAAACAGAUGUCAUUCCUGAUGAUAAGGGAUUGUCAGUUUACUGCACCAAAAGUACCAGGACAGAACGAUAUUCCCCAUAUGUAUUUCAAAAUUUAACUUCUCUUCCUUUGGGGUACCAAGUUUUUCAAGGACAUGAUUCAGAUGUGCUAAAUAUGUCAGCUCCAGUGGCUCAGAACUUUGUGCAACCCGGUUCUUCUGUUCCCAUCUAUAUCGAUAAUAGUGACACACUACUUAUUCCUGAUAGACGUCGAAGUCAAUUUGGUUGUUUCAGCAGUGAAUCUGGUGAUGCCAUACAUCAUUAUAUGAAGGUCCAACUUGAUGGAACAUCUUUUGCUUCUCCUCCUCAUUCAAUGGAUCGAAUUGGCCUUUCCUAUUUUGAGGUUGAUUUUUCCAAAACAUCGAACUCCAGUGAUAAUGUUGAGAAAGCAAGUAAAUCUGGUUCUGGAAGCAGCUUUGUUGUUCCUGUUGUGUACGAGGUUUCAUUGCAGCAGCAGAGCAAGUUGAUACGAGUAUACUCUACUGUUAUAAUUUUGAACUCCACAUCCAUGCCAUUGGAACUUCGCUUUGAUAUUCCGUUUGGCAUCUCCCCAAAGAUCCUAGAUCCUAUUUUUCCUGGUCAAGAAUUUCCACUGCCUCUACACUUGGCUAAAUCUGGCCGGCUUCGGUGGCGUCCCCUCGGAGAUUCUUAUUUGUGGAGUGAAGCUCAUAGCAUCUCCAAAGUUCUUUCUCAAGAUAGCAGGAUAGGAUUUCGCCGAUCUUUUGCUUGUUAUCCUUGUCACCCUAGCCAUGAACCAUUUCGGUGUUGCAUAUCUGUUCAGAGCACUAGUUUGCCGGCAUCCUUUCAUCUUAAUGAUUUGCCAGAUGGAAAUUUUGGUCAGCAGUUGCACGAUCUUGACCAAUCAAGAGAGCAAGUCAUUCAUCAAGUAACUUUAAGCACUCCAUUUGUUGUGAGCAACUGUCUUCCAGAACCAAUAUCACUUUCGAUAGAAAGUGGUGGCAUCACUCAGACUGCAUCCCUUCCUGAGGGGGAGACGCCAUUCCAUCACAUUGAUCCUUCACAUGAUCUGGUCCUUGAGUUCAAAUUAAAUGGCUAUAGAUCAUCAUCUUUGAAGUUUUCACGCUCAGAAACUUUUAGCACAGCGGCUAAGUUCAGUGGAGGGAAGUUCUCUCAGAUUGAAACUAUUUCCUUUGAUUCUUAUGUUGGUGGUGGUUCUGUUUAUGUAUCGUGUGAGAAAACAAUGGAUGCAACAUGUGGGGCUCGGGAAGUAUUCAUCUUUGUCCCAUUUCUAUUGUACAACUGCACUGGAACUCCUCUGAUUGUUUCGGACUGCACCAAUGAAACUAAAGCGAUGUACAGCGUAAUUCCCUCCUGCUACAACCUGAUUGAGCAGCAUUUUGUUCAAAGUCAAAAAGUUGGUCUUGGGAUUUUGACCUCUGAGAAAGAUUUGCUAGAUAAAGUUCUAAUGGAGGAUAUCCCUUCUAGUCCUUCCUCAUCGGAGUGCAGCAACACUGCUUCCAGUACUGAGAGAUUUUUGGAUAGGCAUGCGACUCAGUCAACUCGCCAAGUCCCUUUUGUAGCAUAUCCAAAAGACUCACCAAUUGUUCGCAAGAGGAGUCUUUCUUCAAAAAGUUUAAGAGAGGUGUGCUUCCAAGGUAAUGAGUCUGGCAAAGUAAAGGCAUGCAUUUAUUCACCUUGCCCUAUUUCCAGGGCCAGUGACACCAUGAUCCGAGUCAAAAGGGACCUGCCAGAGUGGGAUAAUUCAAGUAGCCCAUACCCCCUGUGGUCUGCUCCAUUUCCUCUUGUUCCACCCAGUGGUUCUACCAAUGUAAUUGUCCCACAACCAUCGCCUGGUGAAUCAUCUUUAUUAUCUGUUACGUGUUCUAUUCUUGGUGGUGCAUUAGCAGGGAGAACGCAAGCAAUUACUUUCCAACCUAGAUAUGUCAUCUGUAAUUCAUGCAGCCAUAACUUGUGUUACAAGCAGAAGGGAACCAAUUUAGUUUCUCAUCUGGCUGUUGGACAGCAUUGUCAGCUUCAAUGGACAGAUACUGCGAGGGAGUUACUAGUUUCAAUCCGUUUAAAUGAGCCUGGAUGGCAAUGGUCAGGCAGCUUCUUGCCAGAUCAUUUAGGGGAUACUCAACUGAAGAUUUGGAACUAUGUUAAUAAAGCUUUCAACAUGGUGCGGGUGGAAGUUCAGAAUGCCAAUAUGUCAAGCGGAGAUGAAAAGAUUGUAGGGAGUGUUCAUGGACAUGUCGGGACAAACUUUAUUCUAUUAUCAGAUGACGACAUGGGUUAUAUGCCUUACAGGAUUGAUAAUUUCUCGAAUGAGAGACUGAGGGUUUAUCAACAAAAAUGUGAAACUUUUGAUACCAUAGUUCAUCCUUACACAUCUUGCCCUUAUGCUUGGGAUGAACCCUGUUAUCCACAUCGUUUGACCAUUGAGGUGCCUGGAGAUCGUGUCAUAGGCUCUUAUGCAUUUGAGAUAACAAAACAACCUAUUGCAGUGCACUUGCGCUCCACCUCUGAGAAACCUGAAAGGACGCUGUUGCUAUCUAUCUGUGCUGAAGGAGCUACAAAGGUUUUCAGUGUUGUAGAUUCAGGUUAUCACACUAUGAAAGAUAUAAAGGAAACGUUUGACUCCAGAUUCCAUGUGAAGGGAAAGCAAAAGCUUCAAACUGAUAAUGUCAUCCGUUACACAGAAAGGUUCUUGCUUGUCCUGCCAAGCAUUGGUAUAUCUUUGGUUAAUUCUCAUCCACAGGAAUUGGUUUAUGCUUGUGCAUCAAAUGUUGUGUUAGAGUUAAGUCAGAGUGUAGAUCAGCAGAAGCUUUCCUUUCAGAUCUCUUCACUACAGAUAGACAACCCACUUCACAAUUCUUCGUAUCCUGUCAUAUUGUCGUUCAAUCAUGACCACAAAGGCAUUCCUCCUGAUUGGGGAGUUAAGAAUAAAAAAGCAAUACUUUUAAGUGAAACUGUUCAGCAAGUUAGGGGUAAUUCCCGUGAUGCAGUAGUCUAUGUUGGCCUAGCAAAGUGGCGGAAAAAAGAUGUUUCACUAGUUUCUUUUGAGUACAUAAAUAUUAGGAUUGGUGAAUUUGGACUUGAGCUCGAGCUACAAACACUUUUAUCCUUACUAGAGUUUGUAAAAGCAGUGCUUCCCAAUUCUCAGGCUAGACUCCUGCCACUCUCAGAUCCAACGCUACGUCCUCUGAUUUAUGACACUGGUUCCAAGGAUAUAAGUUCAGAAGAUACUCCACAUGCAAGAAACAUUCCUGUAUUUAACAAAAGCCAGAGAAGCAUUGUAGCUCUGCCUAUAGUGGUUCCAAUAGGAGCUCCUUGGCAGCAUAUUCACUUGUUGGCUCGAAGACACAGGAAAAUUUAUGUUGAAUCAUUCGACUUGGCCCCUAUUCAGUUUACGUUAAGCUUCUGCAGUGCUCCCUGGAUGCUUAGGAAUGGCAUUCUUACUUCAGGAGAGUCCCUUAUCCAUAGAGGUCUAAUGGCUCUUGCCGAUGUCGAGGGUGCUCGAAUACAUCUCAAGCAAUUGACAAUUGCUCAUCAAAUCACUAGUUGGGAAUCAUUUCAGGAGAUCCUCGUUGGGCACUAUACCCGCCAAAUUCUUCAUGAGAUUUACAAGGUCUUCGGCUCUGCUGGUGUUAUUGGAAAUCCCAUGGGAUUUGCGAGGAAUGUUGCAUUUGGAAUUAAAGAUUUCCUGUCAGCUCCCAGCAGGAGUAUCUCAAAGAGCCCAGCAGGAAUUAUUCAAGGAAUGGCUCACGGAACCACAAGCCUCUUUAGUAGCACUGUUUAUGCUUUAAGUGAUGCUGCCACUCAAUUUAGUAAAGCUGCACACAAGGGUAUUGUUGCAUUUACAUUCAAUGACCAUGAUGUUGCAAGGAUGGAGAAGCAGCAAUUGGGCGAAGGAUCGCGUAGCAAAGGAGUUAUAGGUGAAGUGUUUGAGGGACUCACUGGUCUCCUUCAAUCACCAAUAAGAGGAGCUGAGAAACAUGGUCUUCCAGGCGUCAUCUCAGGAGUGGCCAUGGGGAUUACUGGACUUGUAGCCAGACCAACGGCUAGUAUCCUUGAGGUAACUGGAAAAACUGCACAGAGUAUCAGAAACCGAAGCCGGAUUCAUAACAUAAGAUCCCAAAGGCAUAGGCUUCGUCUUCCCAGGCCUCUGAGUAGAGAACAACCUCUCAGGCCUUACUCAUGGGAAGAAGCGGUCGGGACAGCAGUACUUAUGGAGGUUGGAGAUUCCCUGAAGUUCAAGGGCGAGAAGCUGGUGAAGUGCAAAGCCCUGAAGCAAGAAGGAGCUUUUGUUGUAAUCACAGGGAGACUGGUAUUGGUUUUAAGCAGCCCCAGCUUGGUAGAUUUCAGAAAACAGGGAUUUCUCGGAGUUCCAAUAGAUUUGGUAUGGAAUAUCGAAAGAGAAAUCGGUUUGGAGAGUGUAAUACAUACAGAUUGCAGUGGCGGAGUUGUCCGCAUCAUAGGAAGCAAUUCAGAUGGUGUAUGGAACUGGAGACAGGACCAGCAAAAGAAGAGCAGCCCAACCAAAAAACGAUGGAACAAUUCUUCAGCUCAACCGCUGCUUCAGACAAACUUAGAGCUUCCAUCAGAGGAAGAAGCAGAGGACUUGUUGAGUGUGUUGCUAUCGACUAUUGAAACUGGGAAAAGCCGGAGCUGGCACAGUCGAUUUGUUUUAAGUCGAAGUAACAUUAGUUGAACCCAGAUAGUUAUGUGUAUAGAAUACAGGAUUCAAAAUUCUUUACUUUUGUUAGGCAGUGUACUAAUGAGGGGUUUUGUGAAACUAGUUUUAAUAUAUGCUGUGGUCUGAUAUGUUUGAACGAUAAUGAUAUAUAUAUAUAUAUAUAAAAGUUGGGUUCAAACAA